AUGUAUUCCACUUCAACAAAAGAUCCAUUGAGAAAACGUGCAAAAUCAACGAAUAAUCGACAAAGUAGCGGAAACAGUUCAGUGGAUCGGAAAAGUGGAAAAAAUGGAGGAGCACUGGCAAAAACAAACAGCAAACAUCUGUCGAGUUUGACACUUUUGAUGAGUCAAAAUAAUGAGCAAACUCAAGUUGUUGACAAAUUGGACCCGAUUACACAAGAUGCAUUUGAUCGAGUUUUUUGUGGACAAUUCAGUAAAAUUCCGAAACCGCAGAAUAAAUUGGUAAGAGUAUUCACAAGUUCAACAUUUACUGAUACAACAGUUGAAAGAAAUGCAUUGAUGGAGGAUAUUUAUCCGAAAUUAAAAGAAUAUUGUCGUGAAACUCAUGGAUUAGAUUUUCAAGUCGUUGAUAUGCGUUGGGGUGUUCGAGAUGAAGCAACUGAUGAUCAUAUGACAACCAAAUUAUGUAUUAAUGAAAUUGCGAAUUGUCAACGUCUUUCGGUCGGCCCAAAUUUUGUUGUAUUUUUAUGUCAGAAAUAUGGUUACCGCCCGAUUCCUUCUGAAAUAUUAUCAACUGAAUUUGAAAUGCUCAAAAGAACUUUGAAGGAAGAACAUGAAGAUGUUACAGUUUUGGAAACUUGGUAUAUUGAGGAUACAAAUUCUGUGCCACCAAUGUUUGUUUUGCAACCAAUUAGUAGUAUUUUGGUUAAUUUUAAUAACAAGGUCAGUUUUGGAAAAUAGAUUAUUGAAACUUUUUACGUUUCAUUCAUUUCAAGCAACAAAAAUUCAUUUCCACUAAAAUCUUCAUUGAAUUUAUUUUUAGCGUAUUCCAAAACUUCAAGAACAAGAUGCAAAACAGUGGUGGGAAAAUGAAGCAAAAAUGCAACAAUUUCUUCGAAAAGCUGCUCGAAGUUGUUAUGAAAAAGGUCUCCUGGAUCACGAAACUAUGCAUAAUUAUUUUAUGUCAGUUACCGAAAGAGAAGUUAUUCAUGGAAUUUUGAAAGCCAAGAAUCCGAAUGAACAUUGUCUUUGUUAUAUUCGGCACAUCAAUAAUAUUUCGUUGACACAAAUGAAAACCGCUUCAAAAUUUGUUGAUAUUGCUCAUAAUCAUGUGAACACGGAAGCACAAAAAUAUUUGGCAAAUCUUCGAGAUGAAAGAGUUCCUGCAAAAUUAAUUGGAACAAAUAUUAGAAGAAGUACUGUGGAAUGGGUUGGUCGAGAUGGAAUUGAUGUUCAAUAUCACGCUGAAUAUAUUCGACAAUUUUGUGCGGAUUUUUAUCGAAGUAUUACACAAAUGGUUGACAAUGCUAUGGAAAAACAUGCUAGAUUUCGAGAUCCAUUAUUUACAGAAGUUUUGACACAUUUAACAACUGGACUGACUGUUUCGAAAAUGUUUUUUGGGCGAGAUGAACAACUUCAAAUGGCAAAAGGUUAUAUUAUGAAAAAUACAAAUAUCCCGAUGGUUUUACAAGGAGAAAAUGGAUGUGGAAAAACAUCAUUGAUGGCAAAAAUAGCUACAAGUAUUAGAGAAUGGUAUGGUGAUUCGUGUAAUCCAGUUAUUCUUCUUCGAUUUUUGGGAACAAGUCCAGAUAGUUCAAAUAUUGUUCCUCUUUUAACAACUGUUUGUGAUCAAAUUGCUUAUAAUUAUGAUGAGACACAAAAGAAUUCGGCUCCUUCAGAACUCAACAAAUUAUUCCAACAUUUCAAAAAAAUCACAUCACUUGCAAGUCGAGAAAGACCAUUAAUUAUUAUAUUUGAUAGUUUAGAUCUUCUAUCAAAAAUUGACGGAGCUCAUGAACUUCUUUGGUUUCCACCAACGCUUCCACCAUUUGUCAAACUAUUUGUUUCAAUGACUCCUGGAGCAAGCAAUAUUUCAAACAAAAUUCAAAGAUUAGUUGAAGAUCGAAGACAAUAUUUGGAAGUUCCAAGUUUAGGAAAAGAUCUUGGAUUUCGAGUUGUGAAGGAGUGGUUGUCUGAAAGAGGAAGAACACUUUCUGAAAGACAAUCUACAAUGGUUUCGAAAGCUUUGGAUAAAUGCACUCUUCCUUUAUUUGUCAAAUUGAUUUUUGCCACAGUUUCAAGAUGGAAAUCAUAUUCAAGACCGCAAGAUACUGUUUUAUUUUCAUCAUUGCAAGAAAGUAUAAAUGCUUUAUUUCAUAGAACAGAAAGUCAACAUGGUAAGUGAUUUUCGAAAAACAAUCUAGGGACAAGUGAAUUAUAUUUAUUUAUUUUGUUCAGGUAAACUUCUUGUAUCACAUGCUAUUUCUUAUAUUUCGGCUGCUCGUUCUGGAAUUUCAGAUUCUGAAGUUGAAGAUCUAAUUUCACUUGAUGACAAAGUUCUCGAUGAUAUUUAUCAAUAUCAUCUUCCCCCAGUUCGUCGAAUUCCUCCACUUCUUUGGAGUCGAAUCAGAUCUGAUCUUCCUGGUUAUUUAUCAGAAAGAGCAGCUGAUGGAGUAAUUGUAUUAAAUUGGUAUCACACACAAUUCAGACAAGUUGCUAUUGAACGAUAUUUCAAAAAUGUGAAUCAUUUGGAAACGUGUCAUUCUGCAAUGGCUGAAUAUUUUCUUGGUGUUUGGGGUGGAGUUCCAAAACCAUAUCAAUAUACAGAAAUGCAGAAACAAAGAUUUGGUGUGACAGAAAAUGAAGGUGAAUUUGAUUUGUUCAUUAGGAAUUUGAUUGGAUGAUUAUUUAUUUAGGGUUGGCGGAUAGAAAGGUUCCGAAACAACCAAAUGUUUUCCAUUCAAAAGAUGGGCAUCAUCGUUAUAACACAAGAAAGUUGAAUGAAUUACCAUAUCAUUUAUUGCGAGCUGGAAGAAUUGAAGAACUUUUAUCGCUUUGUUUAUUUGAUUAUGAUUUUCUGCAUGCAAAGGUGAGCUUUCAUAGUUUUUGCAUAGUAAAAAUUUAUUAGAAAAACAAGAACCCUGAAACAGUAA